AUUUUGCCAUUAAGAUGAUGAAGUACAAUUAUUAAUAUGGAAUUAAAAUUACUCAUCCCUCUACUCAUCAUCACAUGUGCUGAAGCCAUGAAUUUUCCAUUUAGAAAAGAGACAAAGCUCGUUAGGAUUAAGAUGUGACGUUUUCUUUUCCAUUCCUCAUUUCAUGUCUUGUUUCUCAAACAUCACAAUCUAACCAUACACACAAAAUCAAAUCUAACCGUUGAAUACCACUUGUUCUUCCAUCUUGUUCUUCUUCUCUUAUUUCAAUCCUCAACAAAAACAUUCCACUGCACAUAUAUUAUUAUCUUCACACACACAAACACACUCUCAACACUUUGUUCUGUUCUAUCCUCUGUAACAUUUUCAUGGCUGCAGCAACCUCACAACAACCUUUUCAACAAAACAACAAUGAGCUUAACAGACAAGAAAUUCAAACUGCCAUAGCUAAAGCAGUUGAGUUAAGAGCCCUUCAUGCUGCAUUAACUCAAGGAAAUAGCCCAAGCCCAAGUCCAGGCCCAGCUAAAGCUAGAUUUCCAUCUCCUUCCCCUGUUUCUCAGUUCUCUGCUCAAGAUUACCCUGUUUUCACACCAAGUUAUGAAGAUGAGCCACAUCAAAAUCGAACAAAAAGUAGAACAGUAUCAGAAAGUUGGGAUGAGAAUGGAGUAGAAGGAGGAAACAUCAUGGAAAGUACCAUUGUACAAGAUUACAAGGACAAAUCAUGUUCAAGAAAGGUACUACGUUUUGGUUUUUCAACAAAUCUAAACCAGGAAUCACACAUGUGUCCUAUUGAUGAUGAUGAUGAUGAUACAAAAUCAGUAACAGGUUCUUGUGCAAAUAACAUCACAGUUCUUCAAACAUCACCAUCACCUAAUGAAUAUUUCAAAUCUAGAAGAAGAAAUAGUUUAGAUGAUGUUAAACCCUUAUCUUCUUGCAAUAGGUGUAAACCUGCUUUGAUAACUAGUGAAUUUGACAACACAAAAAACAACAAUAGGAGUUCUAAUAUUGUUGUUCCUCUCACUGAUUCUCAUGCAUCAUUUCAAACUCAACACAAAAGUAAAGGGAUGAUUUCAUGGCUUUUUCCUAAGUUUAAGAAGAAGCACAAGAAUAAGAAUGAGAUUUUUUCACCAAAUAGAACAGAAUCUGAGGAAGUUUCUCAGAUUCUUAAUAAAGACAUGGGAAUUAUGUCAAUUGAGAUGCUUAAAAGAGAGCUUAUGGAAGCUCAUGAGAGUAGAGAUUCUGCUAUAAUUGAAGUUUCUGAGAUGAGAUCUUCAUUUGGUGAGCUGAAACAAAAGCUUGAGUAUUUGGAAGGUUACUGUGAAGAGUUGAAGAAAGCGUUGAAACAAGCAAUGCAAGCAAAAGAAUCUCCACUUUGUGAUGAGAAACUUGGAAUACCAUUUGAUGGAAAUGGAGAAAAUUUGAUGAUGCCUGUGAAUGAAGAUGUAAUGGUAGAAGGGUUUUUGCAGAUAGUCUCAGAAUCAAGAUUAUCAGUGAAACAAUUUUGCAAGACCCUUAUAAGCCAAAUUGAAGAAAAUGAUCAAACUUUGAUAGAAAACUUGAACUUGCUUCUUCAACCAUAUAAGCUCUCUUUGGAUUCCAAAUACUCAAAAGCAGUUCUUUACCAUUUUGAAGCAUUCAUAAACAAUUCUCUCUACCAAGACUUUGAGAAUUGUGUGUUCCAAAAGAACGGCUCGGCGAAAUUCUUAGACCCUAGACAAGAUCGACGCGCACAAUUCUCAUCGUUUGUUGCACUAAGGAAUUUGAGCUGGAAUGAAGUUUUGAAAAAAGGUACAAAAUAUUAUAGUGAAGAAUUCAGCAAAUUCUGUGACCAAAAAAUGAGUUGCAUAAUUACUACACUUAAUUGGUUAAGGCCUUGGCCUGAGCCACUACUUCAAGCUUUUUUUGUGGCAGCAAAAUGCAUUUGGUUGCUACAUCUUUUGGCAUUUUCUUUCACACCAACAUUGGGAAUAUUAAGGGUUGAAGAGAAUAGAAGCUUUGAUGGUUACUAUAUGGAAGAUUUGGUUAUUGAUAGACAAAGAUCACAAGGUCCAAGUAGGGUUAAGAUUAUGGUGAUGCCUGGAUUCUACGUUCAAGAUAAAGUUUUAAGGUGUAAAGUUAUUUGUAGGCAUAAAUCUAAAUAUUGAAUUUGGAAAUAGGUUUUAUUUUACUGUCCAUUUUAUUUUGGUCUUGUUUAGACACUCUUUGAAUAAGUUUGUAACUACCAAAAUUUAUGUUAAUUAAUGUGAUCAUGACUAAAUGAUUGUUUAAAUUCGUUAUGUACGUUUGGUGUUGAUUAACCUUGGAUGUUUGUGUUAAUGAGCAAGGGAUAAUUUAGCUUCGUGCAA